AUGAGUUCAGAUGAAGUACCUGGGAAUGAGAAUGGCGACGAUAAACCGCCUGUUCCUACUACUCCUAUUACAACAAUUGAAUAUAAUCGAACAGUAUCACAAAAUUUACGUCAUUUGGACGAUGCUCUUACACAUGCUAUUGAUCAAUUAACUAUAUUUAAUAGUGAAACCAUGUCUGAUUUAUCGCUCAAAUACGAAUUAAUACGUAAUAAUGAAAGUCGUGUGAUCGGUUUUUUUGCUCGUCAAUUAAUGGUAUUACAAGUAGAGAAAGCAAAUACUCAAAAUGAUGGAUUUCAUAGUGAAUAUCCUAAACUUGAUCGAUUUUUAUCUGUUAUGAAUAUUAAUAAAGCAUCAAUUGAAUAUAUUGUACAACGUACAACAUUUGAUGAUUUAUUAAAUGGAAAAGCUACUGCACGUGAAAAACUUUUAUAUGAUGCUGAAACAACAGAAGCCGAACGAAAAGAUUUUCGUAAUGCUUUUAGUGCAUUAAAAGAUUGUCUUGAUUAUUUUGCUCAUGGUGGUACAAAUGAUAAUGGACGUUUUUAUUGGCAUAUUGAAACACCAUCUCCUACAAUGACUACUCCUCAUUCCGUUCGUCAACAUCGUUUGUCAGAUACAGUUCUUUCAGUACCAUCAGUUAGUACAGAUUCAGUAAGAUCAACAUCUGUAUCUUCAUCACUUUCAACUGAAUUUGGUGCUGUAACAAAUAACAACAAUAUAACAGCAACAAUAUCAUCACCAAGUCCUCGACGGAAUAAUUCAAUUCAUACACCACCACCAUCUCGUUCUAAUCAUUUAUGUGUUAAUGAUAAAAGAAAAUGUGGACAUCCAAGUAAAAAAAGUCUUGUUGAUCCAUCAGUAUUUGCUAACAUUAAUCCACAACGUAAUAUAGAUCUACAAUUACCAGAUGGUAACACAAUAUCUCGACGAAGUUCUUAUGGUUCAGAUACAGAGAGUCGACUAGCAUCGGGUACCGCAACACCGAAAUCUCCAACCAUUCGUUCGCCGACUAUGUCAGGUUCGCCAAUGGGUUCAGUAUAUAAUAGUGAUGGUGAAAAUGAUCCAAAAUCUCCAGAAACUCCGAUGCAUAUUACUCAAUCUCCUAUUCUCCGACAUCGAAUGGCACAUAAAAUUCAACACAAGUGGAGUAGUCUAAUGAAACUAUCGACGUGUAAUGUAUGUUCAAAAAAGAUCUUCUUUCUCGGUACCAAAUGCAAUGUUUGCAAGAGACAGGUAUUUCGAGGAAAAUCUUGUCUUCAUUGCAAAUACAAAUGUCACAAAGAAUGUGUUCCAAAUGCUCCACCUAGCUGUGGUUUUAGUGAAGGAAAAUUAAGACGUGUAAUUAAUAAUACUGAUAUCCAAAAUGCUCUUGCCAAUUCUAGUCCAUUGACACGAAAAUAUCAUUUUACUCCAUCUGAUAGUGUAAGUCCAGCAUCAUCGACUCCAAUGUCAGCCCCUGGUUCACCCGCACCACAUCCGUCAAUGCCUGGCUAUUAUUUUAAUCAUUCACUACCAAAUGGUAAUCCAUCGAUAUGUGUUAGUGAAUCAAUUUAUUGCACUCAAAAUGAUCCAGAUAGUUGGGUUGUCAUAGAGACAAAUACUAAAAGUUCAUCAGAAAUACAAGAGUCUCAAUCUGAUAGUGAUACUACUUCAACAAUGCAAACAGAUACUGGAUCAAAUUUGACAGAUUCAUUAAUGACAACACAAAGUAAACUUGUACGACAAUUAUCACAAAGUAAUUCAACACAUGCUGAUCGAGAAGAUUUUAAAUCUCGACUUGCAAUAUCAUUUGAUGAUGAAAUUGAAGUUGAUCCAGAUAAACGAAGUAUGAAUCUUUCAACUUCAAUCCAAGAUUGGGUAAUUGUAUUUAAUAAUAUAAAAAUAAUCGAAGAAGUACGACGAUCAUCUGGUUCAUUAAUGAAAGCUCAUUGGCAUGGUGAACUUGCUGUAAGAAUUAUAAAACCUGAUCCGAAAUUAAGUGAAACAGAAUUUUUAAAUCAAUUUAAAAAUCAAAUAUUUCGCUUGCGAAAAGUUCGACAUGAACAUUUAAAUUUAUAUACAGGUGUUUGCAUCGAAAGUCCGAAUUUUGCUAUUGCUUCAAGUUGGAUUCGUGGUUCAACAUUAUAUGAAAUGAUUCAUAUACGUAAUGAUUCAAUUUCAUUGAAUUCAGCUGUACAUUAUGCUGCACAAAUAGCUCAAGCAAUGAGUUAUUUACAUGAAAAAUCUAUAAAUCAUAUGUCAUUACGUACAACAAAUAUAUUCGUACAAAAUAAUCGUAUUGUUUUAACUGAUUAUGGUUUAUUACCAUUAAGUAAAUGUUAUCGAUAUAAUAAUCAACCAGCUAUAAUAGUUCCACGUGGAUGGCUUAGUUAUUUAGCACCGGAAUUAAUACGUAAACUUGAUCCACGUGAUGAACAAACUUUACUACAACAUACACCACAAACAGAUGUUUAUGCAUUUGGAACGGUUUGGUAUGAACUUUUAUUUCGAGAAUUUCCAUAUGCAAAACAACCAUCGGAAUAUAUUAUAUGGAGAGCAGGAAAUUCACUUAAACAACCAUUGAGUAGUGUACAUAUUAGUAAAAAUGCUAAAGAUAUUAUCAAUCAAUGUUGGUCAUUUGUGCCAGAUGAUCGACCGGAUUUUGCAAUGUUAUGUAAAUCUUUAUCAAAAAUGCCAAGUAAACGAACAUUAGUUCGAUCUCCAUCAACACCACUUCAACAUCAUGGACAUCAAGUAUCAAAUCCACUUUUUAAUUGA